CACUCUCUGUGGCUGGCCCAUUUUUUUUUUGUUUUCAUUCUCUUACAAUUAAGACUUAAAAAAAAACAAAAAAAAAAAAAACACAGGGCUUGUAUCAGAAUUUUUGUGACUGUUUGAUUUUCAAUUAGAUCCAGUGCAAUAGUGUCAAAUCUAAUUGAAAUUGGGAAUCCCUUUAAAAAAAAAAAAAAAAAACGCGCCAAUUUUCGAUUUGCGGAAAUCCCACCUUUCAAUUCAAGUUUUCCCAAUUAAGUGGCUACGUUUGCCGGAAGUGAUUUACUGGCCGUUCCGGAAUAAAAAAAAAAAAAAAAAAAAAAAAAAAAAAGGGAAACAGGGGAGUCCCUUGUCUUUGUGCUAUGGUUUUGCGUAGGGGCGGAUCAUGUCUCCGCAGCUCGGGCCGUCCACUCUCAUUUCUCUUGCCCGGCACUGGCACGUCCUACUGCUCAUCUCGCUCAUCACGCCGAUCGGCCCAUCCAACAGGUCGGUGAUGGCUUUGAGCGCUGAUUUGAUUUGCGGUAAGAUACACGGACUGACGGCCAAACAGCGGCUGCUGUGCGCAGCAAAGCCGGACGCGAUGGUGGCCAUCAGUAACGGAGCCAAGCUAGGUCUGUCCGAGUGUCAGGAACAGUUCAAGUACCACCGAUGGAAUUGCACGGCUAUCGGUAGCCGCAAUGGAUUCGGUCACGUCGUCGUUGUCGGAAGCCGCGAAGCGGCGUAUCUGUAUGCGGUGUGGAGCUCCGGACUGACGUACGCUAUCGCUCAAGCGUGCAGCCAGGGAGCUAUCAGCUCUUGCGGCUGCGAUCCGACCAAACGAGGCGGCAAGGAGUUGGUCAGGUCUUUGCAUCAUCGAUCGCGGGCGCACAACGCCGCCACGGCUAUCACUAGCGGCGGUAGUGGCGGCGGCAAUGGCGGCAAUGGCAAUCCACCAUCCACCGGCUGGAAAUGGGGCGGAUGCUCGGCUGAUGUCCGAGCCGGAGCCUCUUUGGCUAAGAGGUUCGCCGACUCGAGAGAGACAGAAGGCGACGGAAGAAGCUUAAUGAACCUGCAUAAUAACAAAGCCGGUAGAAAAAUUGUCAAAUCGAUGCUGAGGAAAGACUGCAAAUGUCACGGAGUCAGCGGUAGCUGUUCGCUGAAAACCUGUUGGGAGAAACUGCCUCCGUUCAGGGACAUUGGAGAUGCUCUGAUGAAACAGUACCGCGAGGCCAAGGCCGUUGUAGCCAAAGAGAGUCGCAGCGGGAACAAUAGCAAGCCACGUAAAUCGUUGACUCUACAGCUGCGUAGGAAGCCGCACAACAAGCCCCGUAUCGCGGAGCUGGUCUUUUUGCAACCUUCACCCAACUACUGUGAGGCAGACCCAUCGACGGGGUCAUUGGGUGUCGUGGGCAGGAGGUGUAAUCGAACCUCAGCAGGUGCUGAUGGCUGCAACUUGCUGUGCUGUGGAAGAGGUUACAACACUCACCAAUUCAAUCACGUUUCCCACCAGUGCAACUGCAAAUUUCAUUGGUGUUGUGAGGUCAAAUGUCAGACUUGCACCAUCAAGACGGAGGAAUACACCUGCAAAUAAAUAUGUUGAUUCAAAAUUAAUUAGGUUAUACUGUAGGACAGAUUUAAUGAAAUUGAUUUUUAAAAACGAGCCACUGGCUCGGGGCUAACUGCUAAUAACACACAUUUGGAUUUAGGUCGUUAUUAAUGCCUAUAAAAAAGAGAGGCCCAAUUCCAAAUCGUAUAAUAUGUAUCCAAAAUGUAGCUCAUCGCUGACCUCUUUUAAAGAAAAUCUCCAGUGUUAUUAUUCAAAUGUGCUUCAUCAUUGCAUUCGAUUCGGACAUGCCAUUCUGGAACGUGCCGAUCAAUUUGACGUGCAGUGGGCGGAGUACAAGAGUUGAGAAUCAUUUCCCAUUGUUUUCACUGGUCACCCCGUAUCGCCAUUGCUGCAUUUUGAAAAGAUUUUAUUCUUUUUCUUUUGUAAAUGACUAGAAGACAAUAACAAUGGCUUACCGCGAAAGCAGACGAAAUAUGUCUAACAACGCCAUGUAGCGGCCAUUGCUGCAUCUGUUUUCAUUCAACAAAUGUUUUCCUCCUAUGGAUUAGAAACAAAGAAGAAGUCCAUGACUCCUCAAAAAGUGGAAUGCAAUAGGCAAGACCACGUUGUUUUUAUUAUUAUAUAUGGGUUAAUACUGAGUGUAUUUCUUUUUGUUCUUAUAUGAGGGGAGGUGUACAAUUUGUGUUCUCUUUUGUUUGUCAGAUGGCGAGGAAUUGAAGUGAUGAUGUCACCAAUAUCAUUUGUAAUGUAAUAAGUUUUGUUUUUAUCUUUUUUGUUGUGUUUCUUUCGACUCGUCUGUAAUGUUGGAGACAAUGGAAAAAAAAUAACUGAAUCAAAAAUCAAAGUUGUCAACAUAUCUGAAAGGGGGAAAACAAAACAAAAAUUCGCAACGUUCGUUCGUUUGGCUUGAUGGCUUUUUUUUUUUCGAAAAAUGGAAACGAAAUCAUAAUAAUAAUAAUAAUAGUAAGAGAGCAAAAAACAAAUAAAAAAAUCCUAAAUAAUCGAAUCAGUCAAUCAACACUUGCACACAUAGUUUCCACAGUCACACAUUUUCGAACAAACACACCGGCGUAUACACAUUGACGAAAAAGGCGAGUAUUGGCGCGAACAGGAAACGUGAAAAAGGAAAAGUUAAAACACACGGCAAUGUUGAAAGUUAGCCCUGUUAAACGACACAUUGAAAGAAUAAAAAUAAACGUACAGGAAGUCACAAACAGAAACAUGAGA